CAUGAUCAAUAUCGCGUUUUUCGCUCGUCGCAUAGACAUAGUUAAAGAAUUAACGUUUACUGUAGAAACUGAGAAAACAAUCCUAUGUAAUGUAACGGGGCAUUUCGAACCGGGAAAAGUCACGGUGAUAAUUGGUCCUUCCGGCGCGGGAAAGACCACCCUGCUGAAAAUCAUAUUUGGCAAACAACUGAACGGCGUUAAAGGUACCAUUAUUGUAAAUGGCAUUGAACAGAAUACAGAGAUGUUUCGUAAACAGGCGUGCUACGUACCGCAACAAUUUCAUCUAUUGCCGUUCCUCACGACGAGAGAAACAUUCUAUAUAGCGGCACGUUUGAAAGUCAACAUUAAUCAAAAUGAACGA